AUGGCUUCAUCCGACAACUCUCAUGCCAGUGCACAUGCAAACAAUCUGCCGAGCCCACCGCCUUCGUCGAUGGCCUCUACACAGCACACCUCACCUCUACCUCAAACGAGACGGCACCCACUGAAGCCCGGCGGCCAGAAAGAGAGCGAGCUGAUCAGAUAUCUUGACCAAGGUCUGAACCGUAUCCAGAAGCGCGUUGACAAUCGCCUUACGAAUCGAAAAGUUGGGCUCGGACCUAGUGAGCCGGUCGGUUAUAGCGCAUUUUGGGAAAUCGCAAGCGAUCUGGGGGAUCUAGUCGAUGUAGUUUGGGUGUCUGGAUCCCCCAACCUGCAGAUUCCUUACCUCCUGAACAUGGCCGUACUGACUAUGGAGUUCCUUCCCUUGUUCGCCUCAUCACCCCGCUCAGCCCAUGCAACUUUCCGUCUUCUCUCGAAACUCGACUUUGCCUUCGCUUCCUUAUUGACGGGCCGUGACUUCGCGACUGGUGAUUUCCUGCCAGGCUUCGAGCAUGGUCGGAGCGUUUCCACAACAGAAAAAGUCCGUUUGAAGGGUGUAGUCGACAGAACACGGCUUACUGUUGUUCGUACUCUAAGUGGAGAGAGUGUGGUGGACCAAGGCGGUGGCAGUGGUGAGUCGAUGAUGUCAGACACUGAUAACCAGCAGGUAGGUAGCCAUCAAGAUACUGUGACUUUCGAAGGCUUUGAAAACAACGAAGAAGACGAGUGGGAGGAUGAUUGGGAAGAACGCAGUGUUGCAAAUGUGUACAAGAAGACUAUCGAGGAGUUGGGCGACGUAUUGGGUGGCCCUCCAAUUGGCAUCAUCACAGAUGACUGGGCCGCUCCUAAGAUCAGACAGCAGGACAAUGGUCGUGGGUUUGUGGAGGAUGGCGGUGAGGUCAAGGUCUCUGAUGAUUCGCAGAGCCCACACACCAUACCGGUAUACGUCACGCGACCACGCGACCACGCGCUCCAAGCCCGUGACAUCUCCAUCAUCUCACGUACCCCGCAGGACACUGAGAGGUCACCAACCCAGCCAUUGAGCAUGCCUACCUAUCAUGCACGCGGCAUCUCGGCUCGCCUGGGCACACUGCCUUUGUCUGAUGCCAUAACGCGCAAUGUCGUGGCCAAGAAGGGCGAGGUCGCUAGACAGCAGGGUGAGGCGGCGGAAAAGAAGCUCAGAAAAAGCAAGCUACUCACUGAGCAAUCUGUACCAUUCCCGGGCGACGACAGUGCAUUGGAGCUCAAUUGGAUCGGCAAUGCGCCAUUCAUGCAGACUGAAAUUGCGCCAACCAGCCUGGCCUCAGCAGAGGCAACCAGGAGACACGGCAGAAAGGAUAAUGACAGCAGCUACAAGUCCGAAGCUCUUGUGCUCCAUGUUCAGUUGUCAGACAAGACGUUCAUAUCAGGUCUGAAUAAAGCCAAGACCAAUCUUAAGAUUGACGUCUUCUUCAACGGAGAACUUGCAAGCUGUGUCUUCAUACCUAUCCAUGAUGUGCGUUCUGGUGUAAAACCUCUUCACCAGGUCCUCGCUGGCACAAGAGUCGACUACCUUUCAGAACGGCCUUGGGUCAUUGUGCGUACCGACUUGACAUCUGGCGACGGAGGCAGAGAUCACGCUGUGGUCUUGCCAGUAGAGCCACGGUGGGGAGACAUCUGCCAGGCUCUACAGCGCGAAGCACAUGCACGUGGAAUGGAUGACAAAGGGAACACACCUCCAAGUGCAGCGUUUUUGAGAGCGUUGGCUACUAUGCAGAUGCCACGGCAAGUACAUGACAUGCAGCGACCGGGCGGUUUGCAUUUCGGAGUCAUCGACGUGAUUAUUUCCGCUGGUGAUGGUAGGAAGACCGCCAGUAGCGCCGGCUACCUCAAAACUGCUCAAAGACUAAUGGACAACAACUUCCCGCUAAAUACCGAAAACAUGGACGAAAACAAGCAGGCUCCGAAUCUCACUGUCAGGGAUAGCGCACUCAACACAACGGAUCAAACACCUAAUGACAUGGAUGCAGUAGCAGCCUGCGAGUCCGAUUGUGAGCCUUGCCCAAAAAAGCGGGCCAUGACACCGCGUGCACUAGCAUUGGAUGAAGUGUCUACCGCCAGCAAGCCCUUUCUGAGUCAAAUCCCAUCACUGCUGCCGCAAGCUGGCGAUUCCACGGUCAAAUCACCAUCAUCAGAUGUGCAGACGAAGUACAGACAAGACUCUUCUCCUCCUGCAGACAAUCUGGGCCCCAUUCGUCGUUUCAAAUCAUUCCAACGCUGCUACACCGGCCAUACAAUUCCAAAUAUCACUACACAAAGACAAGAACAGAGUGCUACCGAAUUUCGAAUCCAAUCACGCAGCGCACAAUCCGAUUUUGCGGUUUCUGACCCUGGGUUUGCACAUAACUUGCAUUCAUCUUUAUGGAGCUCUUGGGGUAAUGGCCCCGUGCUGCAACACCCUUCCUAUCCGCACCCGGGGGAGGCCAAAGUUUUCUUAGAUGGACAUCAUUCUAGUCCUCUCCAGCACAUUGGGCCGAGCUUUGACAAACAACCUCAGCUCCUCAGUUCGUCUCCGUCCGUAUUGAGUGGACAUGGAAUCAAUGAACAUGACGAUAGAUGUGCAUAUCCAGUCUACACGAUGUCAGAUGACUACGAACGCCAUGACUCAAGUGCACUUAGCAACUCUGGUCUGCCUCCUAGCGAUAAAGUUCAAUUCCAGCCCAGACGCAAAAAUCACACCGUGGCUCCUCUGGGGCCCAAGUACCCAUGGAGUGUGCUAGUUAGGCCACAACCUCACACAUCCCAUUCCAUUUCCCUUUAUAGACAUACCUUAGCCGGAAGAUCGCCCGUUCCAGUUCCCAACUUUCCACAGCCUUUCCCACUGCAACCUCCUAUAGGAGCAUAUACCGUGCCUCAAAAGCCCAAGACUAGUCCUGGCGUAAGCAAGGCAAAAGGCGUGGGAAGGUCGACUAAAUCUAGUCAAAGUCUAUGGGUCACUCGCUUAGUUGUGUACGGUCGAAGUGUGCCAAUACUCGAUCAUCGCUGGAUCAUUCCACAACGCUUGUCUCGUGAUUUCAGAGGUUUACCAUCAGAAGAGAAUACGAGUCAACCAGGUGAACCCAGCUCAACUUCUACCCAGCAAACCUCUACAAACGCUGUAACAGGUGGACCUGAUGCACGUCAUCUUGACGUGGCAGACAGCGUAGGGACGAACCAUGUCCUUGGGCCUAGAUCUUAUUCCUUACGCCAUGCGGUGUCUGAAAGCUGUACAUCUGGUACACAGGAUCCCAAGGCAGCUAUGUUGCUGCUCGAUGAUCCGGAGGAAUUACUGCGGGGGCCCUCGAGACUGCGCCGAUCAAGGGCUCCCGUAAAGUUAUUCGAUCAAUCCACGAACCCCCCUAAUUUGAAAGCUGACCGCGCAACUCGAGACUUGGCGCUAGCAGAAACAACCACCUCAUCUCCGCUCUCCAGCGCGCCGACAACUCCUGAGCCUAUGGACUGCGCCGCAUUCACUAAGCCCAUCAAGGCAGCCUCCCAGAGUGUCCAAACUUGCAAACCAUGUGUAUCGCAAGCUGAUAUCCCGUGUGAAAGUCCAGCUACUCCGACUGUAAUCCCCUCGUCCAAAAUAUCGCCACUCUCGGAGGACCUACAGCAGGUUGCUUGCUUAGAGACAACUCCAACGAAGACGCCAUAUUUGCUGAACAGUAAGAAGCGAAAGACGGCGAACCAAUCUACAGCCAUGAAGUGGCGUAUUCAUGAGCGCAUCAUUGAUGUCAAUGAUUCCCUGCUCAAUGAGAACUGUGUCAUAACAUAUGCUGACAUCGAAUCUGGCGGAGAAAAUAGCGCUCCACUUCGUCAAGUCAAGAGUGAGCGACAAGGUGUUUUUCAAGAGGAUCUACCCCAUGAACUCAAAUUCGAUAUCCCCCAAACCACGCGACAAAAUCCGAGCAUUCAGCAGAAUCCCACGAAAUCUUUCCAGACUUUUGCUCCAGGGUGUUUCUUCAUACGAGACAAUUUCUUUGAAAAUUUUCUAGAUUUCCCUGGAUACCCAUUGCAGUCCAUGGUUCAAGCGAUACUGGUCGUCGGUGGAGUUGAAAUGGACACGGUUGAACGAGGUGCAAUGGCAUCUCAAGAUCAAGUCGCCAGGCAAAAAGGAAGUGAGCGCGAUGUGGAAAAAAGGGGGGGUUUUGAUGCGGGAAUGUUGGAUUCAGAUACCACCAAUCUCCACACCCCACCCCCAACCCUCCCACCCUUGAAAGCCCUUUCCUUUCUCGACCGCUUUCUUGUAGUAUGGAUCAUUCUCGCCAUGGGCAUUGGGAUUGCGCUCGGCAAUACAAUCGACUCGGUGGGACCGGCGUUGCAAAAGGGUGAAUUCGUUGGUGUUAGCAUUCCUAUUGCCAUCGGACUGCUCGUCAUGAUGUACCCGAUCCUCUGCAAAGUGCGUUACGAAACCCUCCACCUCCUCCUCCGCUCGCGCGCCCUAUGGAUUCAAAUCCUCGUCUCCUUUGUGCUCAACUGGAUCAUCGCCCCUCUCUUCAUGGUCGGCCUCGCCUGGGCUUUUCUGCCCGACCGGCAGGAUCUGCGCGAGGGACUCAUUUUUGUCGGGAUUGCACGCUGCAUCGCCAUGGUGCUCAUCUGGACGGAUCUCGCACAGGGCGAUGGAGAUUAUUGCGCGGUGCUCGUGGCUUUCAACUCGCUGCUGCAGAUUGUCUUGUUUGCCCCGUUUGCCAUCUUUUACGUCCAGGUUGUGAGUCGGGGGGCCAGGACGACUGUGAGCUAUGAGCAUGUGGCCAAGAGUGUGGGCGUGUUCCUCGGGAUACCGCUGGCAGCGGCUGUCGUCACACGGCUGGCGCUUAGGAGUGUGUUGGGAGAGGACAAGUAUCAGCGACAUUUCAUACGCUAUAUUGCGCCGUUUUCGCUCAUUGGGUUAUUGUACACCAUCAUUGUGCUGUUUGCCAGUCAGGGCGCACAUGUGGUACAGCAGAUUACGGAUGUUUUGCGUGUGUGCGCGCCACUGUUGGUAUACUUCUCCGUCAUCUUCACGAGUACCAUUUGGUUUUGUUGGAAGAUGGGAUUCGGUUACAAGGUGAGUUGCACACAGGGAUUUACGGCUGCGAGCAACAACUUUGAGCUGGCCAUUGCGGUCGUGGUCGCCGUAUAUGGGGUGAGCAGUGGACAGGCUUUGGCAAGCACAGUGGGACCGUUGAUCGAGGUGCCUGUACUCGUGGCUUUGGUCUAUGUGCUGAGAUGGAUUAGGGAGCGAUGGCAAUGGGCCGAUUGA